CUGGCUGUCCAGACACCGAGCCCGUGAUGAGCUUCAUCCGGAAAAAGGGCUUCUACAGGCAAGAAGUGAACAGGACGGCCUGGGAGCUGCCCAAGACCUAUGUGACCCUGACCCACGUGGGCAGCGGGGCCUAUGGCGCUGUGUGUUCAGCCAUCGAUAAGAAAUCAGGAGAGAAAGUGGCAAUCAAGAAACUGAGCCGACCUUUCCAGUCAGAGAUCUUUGCCAAGAGGGCCUAUCGGGAGCUGAUGCUAUUGAAGCAUAUGCAGCAUGAAAAUGUUAUUGGACUGUUGGAUGUCUUCACUUCAGCUACAUCUCUGCACAACUUCUGUGAUUUCUACCUGGUGAUGCCAUUCAUGCAGACGGAUCUCCAAAAGAUCAUGGGCAUGGAAUUCAGUGAGGAUAAGAUCCAGUACCUUGUCUAUCAAAUGCUGAAAGGGCUUAAGUAUAUCCAUUCUGCUGGGGUCGUCCAUAGGGAUUUGAAACCAGGAAACUUGGCUGUGAAUGAAGACUGUGAAUUAAAGAUCCUCGAUUUCGGGUUGGCCAGGCACGCAGAUGCUGAGAUGACGGGCUACGUGGUGACUCGUUGGUACCGGGCUCCAGAGGUCAUUCUCAGCUGGAUGCACUAUAAUCAGACGGUGGACAUCUGGUCUGUUGGCUGCAUCAUGGCGGAGAUGUUGACUGGGAAAACUCUGUUUAAGGGGAAAGACUACUUGGACCAACUGACCCAGAUCCUGAAGGUGACUGGAGUUCCUGGAGCUGAUUUUGUACAGAAGCUACAGGACAAAGCAGCCAAAUCCUAUAUCCAGUCCCUGCCUCAGAGUCCCAAGAAGGAUUUCUCACAACUUUUCCCUCGUGCUAGCCCCCAGGCAAUAGACCUGUUAGAGAAGAUGCUCGAGCUGGAUGUGGACACACGCUUGACUGCCACGCAGGCUCUCGCCCAUCCCUUCUUUGACCAGUUCCGGGACCCAGAGGAGGAAACGGUAGCCCAGCAGCCUUUUGAUGAUUCCUUGGAACAUGAGAAGCUCAACCUGGAUGAAUGGAGAAAUCUCCUCUACAAAGAGGUUUCAAACUUCAGCCCUGUUGCACGGAAGGAUUCCAGGAGAAGGAGUGUCAUGAAACUACAAUAACAAGUCCAGCUCACCCUGGGUUGAGUGAAUGCUUGCAGGACAAGAUGGUGCCACCUCAGAAGAUAUCCCUGGGACAGAUAUUUAUUAGUAUCCAAUAAAAUGGAAUCUGUAUUUUGAUGCCAGGAUCGAAA